CUGAAGGGGAUUUUGUUUCAUAUUUACCAAACGUUUGUAUAUGAACGUGCGGCACUCGUGUUUGUGGGACGCGGGCCCGGUGUGGUUGUGGAUACUGUGCUUUCGUGCUGCGGUAAGACUGCCCAGGGAGACCACUCAGACAUAUCACGAGCAUAAAUAAAACAGCUUGUCACAAUGUUGGAUAUCAGACCAAACCACACCAUCUAUGUCAACAACCUUAAUGAGAAGGUGAAGAAAGAUGAACUCAAGAGAUCACUGUAUGCGAUAUUUUCUCAGUUUGGCCAGAUUCUUGACAUUGUUGCCUUGAAAACACUAAAAAUGCGUGGCCAGGCAUUUGUCAUCUUCAAGGAAAUCCAGAGUGCCACGAAUGCCAUGAGGGCCAUGCAGGGAUUUCCCUUCUACGACAAACCAAUGAAAAUUGCCUACAGUAAGACUGACUCAGACCUAAUAGCAAAGCAGAAAGGCACAUACAAAGAAAGAGGAACCAAACGUAAGGAAGAGGAGAAAAAGAAAAAGAAAGGAAAAGAUGCCAAGGGAGCACCAGCUGUACCUGCUGCUGGUGCUGUUUCAGCAAAAGCUGGGGCCACAGUCGUACCUCCACGACCAAAUCUUUUCAACCAGCCACCACCAGUGCAUGGGGCUGGUGGUAUUGGGGUGCCUGAACAACCACCCAACCAGAUUCUCUUCCUCACAAAUCUUCCAGAUGAGACAUCUGAAAUGAUGUUGUCUAUGCUCUUCACACAAUUUCCUGGAUUCAAGGAGGUGCGUUUGGUUCCUGGUCGCCAUGAUAUUGCUUUUGUGGAAUUUGAAAAUGAGAUGCAGUCUGCUGCAGCCAAGGAUGCACUCCAAGGCUUCAAGAUCACUCCCACACAUGCCAUGAAGAUUGCUUUUGCAAAGAAGUAGGAUUCCAAGCUAACCUAAUGUGAACUACUGCAUCAAAACCUUAUACCAACUUGUCUAGUUUUUUUCUGUGUAGAUUUUUGUGUAAUGAAGUAUGAUGUAAAGUCUUUUAUAAUUCUUGUUUUGAAGAAAUGCAUAUAAAAAUUCACAAUGGGAAGGUAAGUUAUGGCAAGCAACACAGAGGAGGCAAGAAAACUUGUAACUUUACUCUUAUGUAUAGUCAUCUUCAACUUGUACCUUGAUUUUAACUGCAUUUCAGGGCAGGUGAAACCUACCAACUCCUCAUCCCUUCAUCCUCAGCUCUCUUGCUCUUCUUGACCAUCUUUCUAUUCCCAUAUCUCUCUCUCUUUCCAUUAUAAUGUAUUCCUCCUGUAGGCAUUAACAAUCUUUUGCAUGAUAUCAACAUGAAUCAUGCAGCAGAUUUAUUCAUCCUCUCCAGAUUUUUGUUUGAACACUUAAGUAACUGGUAUGAUUGUACAAAGGAAUAAUGAUCUUAUUCUUAUAUCUAAAUGCUGGUUUAGUUCAUUUCUGUAUUUGAUAGUGGAAGAAAUUUAUAUUUAUUACCCGGAAAAGUUUGUGUACGUGUAUGCAGAUGAGUUGGUUAGGGUAUUGAGGGCUGUUUUUCAUAGCAUUUAAUUUUAAGGCUACAAAUUGUGCAAAUUUCUUAAAUAAAGAAAAAAAUCACUA